CCUUUUUUCUUUUUCUUUUCUUUACUUUUUUUUUAAAAAAUAAAAAAGACUCAUGACAACACCCACUUUUGAAAACGACCCAAAUAUUGAUGUCCAUGCUCCUGCAUCGACAUAUUAUACAACGGGUGAAAAUGCUAGACAACGAACAAGAACUUACACGAAAAGUCAUCUCGAAAACACCCCUAGUGGAGGUGGACUUGAAGGAACGCACCGACGUCGAGCUUCUCACGACGACAAGAAUAAAGCACGUCGAUUUUUGAUUGACGUUGAAGAAACACAACGCAAGAUUUUGGAACAAGAAGAUACGGACGGUGAUUUUCAAAUUACGAUUAACGAUUUGGGACCCAAGACCAUGUCGCUGGGUACUGCAGAUUCAGGUGGCUAUCGAAAGAUUGAUAUCCGAGGCACUUACAUGCUUUCGAAUCUAUUACAGGAACUCGCAUUAGCGCAUGAUUAUGGCAGAAAACAUAUUGUCUUGGAUGAAGCUCGUCUCAAUGAAAACCCCGUUGAUAGACUCUCGCGCAUGAUUCGUUUUAACUUUUGGGACGGUCUUACUCGUUGCAUCGAUUCUGACUCCUUGGAAGUUAUCUGUCCAGACCCAAAGAAUAGGUCUUCCAAUGUUCACCCUCGUAUUUAUGUCCCCUGUGAUGAUACAGAAGCAUUUGAAUUCUAUACCAAAGUAGGCGAACUUCGUAAACAUAUGAAUCUCGAAGUCGAAUAUUUGCCCAAGAAAAUUACAGCAGAAUACGUCAAGAGUAUCAAUGAUCGUCCUGGUCUCUUGACGUUGGCUAUGCGCAAGACAACCGAUAGUCAAGGCAAUGAAACUCAUGUAGGAGAACCCUUUGUUGUUCCCGGUGGUCGUUUCAAUGAAAUGUAUGGUUGGGAUUCUUAUUUUGCUUCUUUGGGUCUGUUAGAAGAUGGUCGACUAGAAUUAGUCCGUAGUAUGGUGGAGAAUUUCGCUUAUCAAAUCAAACAUUAUGGCAAGAUCUUGAACGCCAAUCGAUCUUAUUAUCUCUCUCGUUCUCAGCCUCCCUUUUUAACUGAUAUGGCGCUUAAAGUAUACGAAAAACUUCACCCAGAUGAUGCCGAGAAGAACAAGGCAUGGCUGAGACGUGUAUUGAAAUCUGCUAUCAAGGAGUAUUGGGAGGUUUGGAUGUCCGAACCUAGAUUGGAUCCAAUCUCCAUGUUAUCAAGAUAUCGUCCCGAUGGUUCUGGUAUCCCUCCCGAGACAGAGGCCUCUCAUUUUGUACACAUCAUUGAACCUUUUGCUCAUAAACACAAUCUAUCAGUGGAUGAUUUUAACGAGAAAUACAAUGCAGGCGAAUUAAUCGAGCCUGACUUGGAUGAAUACUUUAUGCAUGAUCGUGCUGUCCGAGAAUCCGGUCAUGAUACUACCUAUCGUUUUGAAAAGGUCUGUGCUAACUUGGCUACCAUUGAUCUUAACUCGCUCUUGUACAAGUAUGAAAUGGAUAUUGCCGAUGCUAUUCGGGAUCAUCUGGACGACGAUAUGCAGGAUUUUGACGGUGUGCAACAGGAUGCCGAAGAAUGGUUAGAGCGCGCUAAACAACGUCGUGCUCGCAUUGACAAGUACUUGUGGAACGAAGAAAAAUCGCUCUAUUUUGAUUAUGAUACUGUUAAACAGGAGCAAACCACCUAUGAAAGUGUCACUACCUUUUUUGCCUUGUGGGCAGGUUGCUCUAGUCAGGAACAAGCUCAAAGUAUGGUCAAACACUCACUUUCCAAGUUCGAGGUGUUGGGAGGUCUUGUGUCUGGUACAGAGGAAUCACGUGGCGUGACUUCACUUGAAAGGCCCAAUCGUCAAUGGGAUUUCCCAUUUGGAUGGGCUCCGCAUCAAAUGUUGACUUGGGUUGGUUUAGAUAAAUAUGGCAUGCGCGACACAGCCGCUCGAUUAAGUUACCGCUGGUUAUUUACGAUCACAAAAGGGUUUGUUGACUUUAAUGGAGUUGUACCCGAAAAAUUCGAUGUGGUUAGUUUAUCACAUAAAGUCGAGGUAGAAUACGGUAAUGUGGGUACAGAUUUCAAGUGUGUGCCUCGUGAAGGAUUUGGUUGGAUGAACGCUUCUUAUCAAGUGGGAUUGAGUUAUUUAACUACGCAGAUGCGUCGUGCUUUAGGCGCUUGUACUUUACCCGACUUGUUAUUUGAAAAGGCCAUGAUUCGUGAACAUCGUAUGCUGGGUCUUACUCCCGAGGAAGAAGAAAUGGUCAUGUUGCGUCGUCGUAAAUCCACUAUUGCUGCACGCGAUAUUACUCGUAAUGGUAGUAUCAGUGCUGCCGUCACUCGUAUCUCUAUGGCAGAUGCUGCACCACCUCAUUUAUAAAAGAAGAAGAAAGACAAACUUUUUUUUUAUUAUUAUUAUUAUUAAACAUAUAUAUAUAUUUUUUUUACAACUUGGAAAGACGUUCGUUCUUGAC